AUGGGCGCAGGAUGCGGAGGCUCGUCAACCUUGGGAGGAGGAGGAGGAGGAGGAGGAGUGGGAGGUCGAGGAAAGACGGCAUCAAAGCCUAAAUCCGACUGGAAAAAAUGCUGGGACUACAAGCAAGCCGCCACCUACUACAAGCAUGUCCACACGAAAGAGAGCCGAUGGGCAAAUGCCGAGGACCCGGCCUGGAUGGAGGCGACGGAUCCCGCCAGCGGACACAUCUUCCUGGAGCACGCUACAACCGGAGAGACGAGGUGGAAGGCAGAGCAGCAAUACCAGGCGGCCGUUGGAGGGGGAGGAGGGCGGGAUCGCGACAAAGGCGCGGGUCCCGGACCGACGAAAGAAAGUGGUGGCAGGGUUGUUGGUGAAGCCGGCAGUGCUGCUGCAACGUCUAACAGACAGACGGUAUGGGAAGAGAUCAAGGAGCCCGGGAGCGGAGUCAGCUACUACUUCUCUUCGGAAUCGCAGACUUCCCAGUGGCACCCUCCCGUCUGGAUGGACUACAUAGACACGAAGAACAUUUUUCAAGGAAAAGCCGCGGCAGGCACGCAAGGGGUGGGUGCGGCCAGGUCCGGAGCUCCAAGCCCUUCCCCCCAAAGACCACCUCCGCCAGGCGUGCGGGGAAGGAACUCCUGUACCCCCGGUAGCGUUACGGCGGCAAGCCGGAGGGGUUCCGCCCAACGAAGAUGCCCCGAAUCUCCGAGCGGCGGCAAGGACAACAACAUCAGGCCGCCGAAACCACCGGCCCGCACCGCCGGGAGUGAGUUUCCACCUCCGCCCCCGCCCCGUGAGAAGGCCCCGGUGCCUCCGGCGGCGCCACCUCCCGCGAGAGGCGAGGCGACGCCAGCCGUGACGGGCGUUGCUUCCAAGGGAGAGGGUGGAGCGACCGCGUUCACACCAUCGAUGAAGCCUGUCAUGACGAGGGUUCCGUCUCCUCCGACUACGCCGAAAGAUGGGUCGCCCGCUGCGCGCCGGUCGCCGAGGGGAUCUGUGCCUCCGCCUCCUGGUCCACCCCCAGCGGAAAACUUGCCUGCGGCGGUGGAGGACUCGGACGUCGACAGCGGAGAGGAGCAUGGUGACGGUGGUAACACAAGCGGUGAUGACGAGGACGGAAUCGAUCUUGAGGCCGGAGGGGCGACGGGGUGA